AUGACAGAAGUAAUGUUACAGCAUAACACUAUGCUUGAGACUAAGAUUACUGAGCUUAAGGCUAAGGAUCCUGACCGCAUGAUCAAUAUUUCUGAAGUUAUACCCGUGAAGGAUACUAAGCUUAGGAAGAAAUUCAUAAAGCAAAUAGAGAAGUUUGAGAAGAGUUUAAUCGAUCACAUGGAUCACUU